AUAUUAUUAACCCCCCCCCCCCCCCGUUGUUACCUCGGUUCCCCCCUCUCCGGCUUAUUUUACAAAGAGGGGCAACCGCCACAGACAUGGCAUCUUCGUCGGGCAAUGAUGACGAUCUCACCAUCCCCAGGGCUGCCAUCAAUAAGAUGAUCAAAGAAACUCUGCCCAAUGUCAGGGUGGCCAACGAUGCCAGGGAGCUGGUGGUGAACUGCUGCACCGAGUUUAUCCACCUCAUCUCCUCCGAGGCCAACGAGAUCUGCAACAAGUCCGAGAAAAAGACCAUCUCCCCCGAGCAUGUCAUACAGGCACUAGAGAGUUUGGGCUUUGGCUCCUACAUCAGCGAGGUGAAAGAAGUCUUGCAGGAAUGCAAAACUGUAGCAUUAAAGAGAAGAAAGGCAAGUUCUCGCCUAGAAAACCUCGGAAUUCCUGAAGAAGAGCUUUUAAGACAACAGCAAGAAUUAUUUGCAAAAGCCAGACAGCAGCAAGCAGAAUUGGCUCAGCAGGAAUGGUUGCAGAUGCAACAAGCGGCCCAGCAAGCACAGCUUGCAGCAGCAUCUGCCAGUGCAUCGAAUCAAGCGGGUUCCUCUCAGGAUGAAGAGGAAGAUGACAUCUAAAUUUUCCCUGCUGAAUUUCAAUCCACCUUUCUGAAUAAUUUUCGCCUGCACAAUGAAAAACCGUGAAAAAAAACAAAACGCUUACUUGUAAAUUUUUUUUUUUAAUGCAUCUUGGUGGACUGGUCAUUCAUAUUCUAGGGAUAUGUGUUUAAGUCUCAACUGUUGUAUGCUUUGUACACAUCAAAACGCCUGUUUGAAGUGUCAAUAAUCCAAGGUUCAGUAUCAUAUCAAUAGAGAAUUUUUAAUGGUCUUUAAGAAAAUUUUAUAUUAGCAACAAGUCAUUAACUUGAACAAUAAGCAGUGUUAAAUUCAAAUACAACUUUAUUAAAUAUAGUGAGAUUUAUAUAGAAGCUCUAAGAACACAUUUCCUUUUUCCCUUUUAACUGAAUUUAAAUCUUAGGGAUUUUUUUUUUUUUAAUUUUGAGGUUGGGGAUGGGGCAUGAAUUAAACAACGUUAAUAGAUCUUUUUCAAUGUUAAAUUUUACGGGAGGAUGUAAAACCUUUGUAAAGGUCAAUAAAAAUGUGUACUUUGUACCAUUCCUGCCAACAACUAUCAAUUUAGUGUUUGUAAAAAAAAAAAAAAAAGAAAAGGUACAACAGUCUUCAUAUUUGAGUCUUGAGGGUUCAUUUUUAGGAUUUAUUUUUCAUUUUUUGCAGUGCCCGCUAAGAGUUAAAGGAAAUUCAUUCAGUGUUGCUGUGUGAUUUACAACAAAAAAAAAUACUUGUUUAAAUUUGACAUGGGGUGAAAAACUAUUUAAUAAGGCCUUAUAUGACCAAAUACAUCCCCCCCCCCCCCCCACACACACACCCCCAAUCCUAAACAUUAGGUUACUUUGUUUUCAUAUUACUGUUCAAGUCACAGCUUACUGGUAAAGAUGUUGCACUUUUUUAUUUUGUUUGUUUUAAAUGAUUACUGUAUUAUCCUGGUUAACAUUUAGCAAACUUAACCAACAUUACCAAUUAAGAGUUUAAGUUGUGCAUUCAUAUUGUAUUCAAGGAUAUUUAUGUUAAUUUGUUGGCAGACCACUUAUCUGAAAUGUGAAUGCAGUAAUGAUACAUUUCAUUA